AUGACAGAUACAAUUAAAAAAGUUGUUGAUAAUUAUCGGAGAACCCCUAUUAAUCCAGAACGAAUGACCCUUAAACAGGCCAUUAGAACUUGGGGUCAUAAUGUUUUAAUUGGUAAAUUCCAUUUAAAAGUGAAAGUAGCCGACGCUUUUCGCGUCGCUGGGGGAGUUAGUGCGGAGAGUGCAAAAGCUACCGAGACUUCUGAAACUUUAACCAAUCCCAAGGAAUUUGCUAUUUUGCUUAAUAAUAUGGAUAGAACUCCUAAUUUUACUGGGAGUGAACAAAUGUUAGAAUUUAUCGAUUGUCUUUAUCAAGUAGGGGCAUUUGACGCUGAAGCUUCCCGGACAAGAAUAUUUAUUGAAACACAUUUUUAUCCAACUCAACAACAAAAAGAAAGAAUAAGAGAAAAUAUUGAUUCUUUUAAUAUGAUACAAAUGAUUGAUUAUCAAUUUGGUUUGUGGCGAAGAUUUAAUGGUAUUGCUUACAAUACUUCUAAAAAAGAGGAACGACAUAAUGUUAAAGAAAUUGAAAUGGUUGAAGAACAGUUUGAAAAGGAAUAUAAUUUAAUCAAGGAUGGAGAAAGUGCGUUUAGGAUUGGAGAUUUGGUGGAGGAAGAGAAAAAAUUGGCGAAAGAGGAAGAGAAAAAAAGGUUAGAAACUAAGGGAGAAGUAGAAUUAAAUUUGAAUGGAGAUAGUAUUCAGGAAGGUAGAUUAAAUGGCAAACUGGAUUUAACUGACUUUACUGGUUUAGAGGAAUUAGAUUGCUCGAACAAUUAUUUAACUGAAUUGGAUAUAACUGCAUGUGAAAAUUUGGUUAAAUUAAAUGCCGGUAGAAAUAAAUUAACUACUUUGGAUUUAAGUAAUAAUAAUGAAUUAGAGGAAAUUAUUAUUUAUCAAAAUAAAAUUAAGGCUGAUUUAGAUAUUUUUUCUCAUUUGACCAAAAUUAAGAAAUUAUUUAUUGGUUUUCGCGGAAAUAGUUGGUAUUUUGUAGGAAAAAGUAGUGGUAGUAAUGACAAUAAUGAUUUUUCAGGUUCUUUGGAGGAUUUAAAGGACUGUCAAGAUUUAGAAUAUUUAAAUAUCCGUGGUCAGGAAAAUAUUGAAGGAGGAUUGGAAGAAUUGCCCUCAGAAAAAUUAAAAUAUUUUGACUGUAAGUAUACUGAUUAUGAGAAAAAAUUAGAAGGCUUUGGAGGAGAUUUGGUUAAUCAUCCGGAAUUAAUUUCAGUUGAUGAUGAAGCCGCAAUUGCCUUAUUAGAUAAGAAACUAAAAUAUACUGAUGGAGAAAAAGAUAAAUUAGAAAUUCAUCCUCAAAUGCCGGAAAAUAAGUUGGAGCGGGAAAAAGAAGAGGAGUUAGAAAUUGAAAGGCAACAUGCUAAGAAUGUGGAUAGCCAUUAUCAGAAGAUAAUUAAAUUAGAGUUGGAAGCCAAGAAGGCAUUGGAAAAAGAAAAUAAGGAAUUAAAAGAACGAUUGGUUCGACAAGAGUUAGUAGCGGAAAUUCAAGUUUCGCCUAAAUAA